GGUCUUAUGACUCCAGCUGAAGCGGCGAGUCCAGGCUUUUGCGGUGCCUCCGUGCCUCGGUCGGUGGUCGCUCGUGCUUUCGCUUCCGCAGGGCUGCGAGGGGAUUCGUUCGAAUUGUAGGUCCGGUCAUCGCCUGGCCUGAGGGAUCACGAUGUGCCUCUCUCCGGUUAAGGGCGCAAAGCUCAUCCUGAUCUUUCUGUUCCUAGGAGCCGUUCAGUCCAAUGCAUUGAUAGUUAAUUUGACAGAUUCAAAGGGUACUUGCCUUUAUGCAGAAUGGGAGAUGAAUUUCACAAUAACAUAUGAAACUACAAACCACACCAAUAAAACUAGAACCAUUGCAGUACCUGACAAGGUGACACAUGAUGGAAGCAGUUGUGGGGAUGACCAGAAUAGUGCCAAAAUAAUGAUACAAUUUGGAUUCGCUGUCUCUUGGGCUGUGAAUUUUACCAAGGAAGCAUCUCACUAUUCAAUUCACGACAUCGUGCUUUCCUACAACACCAGUGAUAGCACAGCAUUUCCUGAUGCUGUAGCUAAAGGAGUUCAUACUGUUAAAAAUCCUGAGAAUUUCACAGUUCCAUUGGAUGUCAUCUUUAAGUGCAAUAGUGUUUUAACUUACAACCUGACUCCUGUUGUUCAGAACUAUUGGGGUAUUCACCUCCAAGCUUUUGUCCAAAAUGGUACAGUGAGUAAAAAUGAACAAGUGUGUGAGAAAGACCAAACUGUCACCACUGUGGCACCCAUCAUUCACACCACUGCCCCGUCGACUACAACCACACUCACUCCAACUUCAACACCCACUCCAACUCCAACUGUUGGAAACUACAGCAUUAGAAAUGGCAAUACUACCUGUCUGCUGGCUACCAUGGGGCUGCAGCUGAACAUCACAGAGGAGAAGGUGCCUUUUAUUUUUAACAUCAACCCUGCCACAACCAACUUCACCGGCAGCUGUCAACCUCAAAGUGCUCAACUUAGGCUGAACAACAGCCAAAUUAAGUAUCUUGACUUUAUCUUUGCUGUGAAAAAUGAAAAACGGUUCUAUCUGAAGGAAGUGAAUGUCUACAUGUAUUUGGCUAAUGGCUCAGCUUUCAACAUUUCUAACAACAACCUUAGCUUCUGGGAUGCCCCUCUGGGAAGUUCUUAUAUGUGCAACAAAGAGCAGGUGCUUUCUGUGUCUAGAGCAUUUCAGAUAAAUACCUUUAACCUAAAGGUGCAACCUUUUAAUGUGACAAAAGGAGAGUAUUCUACAGCUGAGGAAUGUGCUGCUGACUCUGACCUCAACUUUCUUAUUCCUGUUGCAGUGGGUGUGGCCUUGGGCUUCCUUAUAAUUGCUGUGUUUAUAUCUUACAUGAUUGGAAGACGGAAAAGUCGUACUGGGUAUCAGUCUGUCUAAUCAAACCAGUCUAGUGCUUCCAUUGGCCAAAAGCCAGGAAUCGCUGUGCGAUAAAUCGGAUUCACAGACUGACUUCAGUGAGUUGCAAGCUGGCUUGGGCAUGAGUAGAACUUUAAAAAUGGAUUAGGACCAGCCUUUAUUUCUGUCAUUUUCUUCUCUGUUCAUUAAGAUGUAAUUUAAAGAAAACUUACAACUUAGACUGUCUUUUUAAAGUAAAUAAUUUUAAGCAUCUGGAUCCAAUUUUGGAAGCAUUUCUACCGAAGUAUAAUUUUAUAUGUUGCAGUUAGUUGUAUUUUGCUACUUUGAUGUUAUUUGCAAAAUCAGAACUGAAAGAGAAUGUCACUUGCUUCCCGAAAUAAGUUUUGAAACAUUAUAGUUCAUCUUCUUUGAAGACAAACAUAAAAUUUAGCUCAUAAAAGGAAUGACUUUCUGCACCUUCUAAGGAGAAUUGUUUAAAUCUGUGUAAUUCUGUUACUUUAAAAAGGGGUCUCGGGGCUGGAGAGAUGGCUCAGUCAUUGAAGGCUACGCUCACAACCAACAAUAAAAAGAGGUCUGGGAUGUAACCCAGUGAUACUGCAUGCAUAUGUGAAGUUCUGGGUUCCAGCCUCACAACUUAAAAGUAGCAUCUAAAACAGACUACACUCAACAGUAAAAGCUGCCUAUUUCUCCAUUACUUUCAGAGCUACUAUAUUUUAAGAAGGAAUUGUUUGUUUAUUUUUUUGGCUUUGGCAGUUUGGGAUGUAUUCAUUAUAUUAAACCUGAUAUUUCUACUGCAAGAUGAAGCAAUACUGUUCGUGUUUUUUUAAGGUGUUGAUUUAGAAUGGGCUAUGUUUUUUUAAGGGUAUAAUUUAGAAUUGUUUCCCAGCUUUAACUUGUUCAGAAAGUUAACUUAUCCUGCACUAACAAAAAGAAAAAUCCUUCUGUAUACUUUUGUGCCUCAGUGAGUUCAAUGCAUUGACCUUUCCUCUCCCGGUACCAAGUGCUAACUGUGGAAUCUAGUGGACGCUGACAUGUCGUCUGUCAGGUGGCUGCCUAACCAAAGCUCACCUGGGAUGAUCUUACAAAUGUAUUGAUCUUGAUAGAGUCUUGUAUCCCUGUCGGGGCCAUGAGUGCCUGUGGUUUCUGGAGGAAGGUCCUAGACACUACGUCUCCUUGUGUUUGUUGGAUUCUUUAGCCACCAAGGUACUUUGGAUGUUUAAUGCUUUGCACACCUGAUACUAGCACGAGGCAGAUGUUGAAUUUUCUCUAGCUAUUUUCUCUCUACUAAGAACUGAAGAGUCCAAAGAUCUGUUUUCACGUCAGAGAUUUUAGUUAAGCCUAAAAUAUUAAUCUUAAGUCCAAGUCAGUGGUUUUCAACCUCUGGAUUUUGACCCCAUUAACAAACCCCUGUCUCCAAAAAUAUUUACAUUACAAUCUGUAACAGUAGCAAAAUUAGUUAUGAAGUGGCAACAAAAAUGCUUUGGGAUUGGGGGGUCAACAGAAAGGGUUGCAGCAUUAGGAAGGUUGAGGACCACUGGGCUAAGUGAUGUUAGUCUGAUAGCAGAUCCCAGGAUCAAAUCCCAAUCUACCUCUGAGCAUACUGCAGCUGCUCACCACUGUGCUGCUGCCAUGAGCUGAUGCCAGGGUAUUUUACCAUUAAUUGCAGUUCUGAAAUCCUGUUAAAAAGAAAGCAGGUUUGCCAAGAUGCUCGCCUGCUAUCUUAUCUCUGUCUAUCUCAAAAGCAGAGACACCCAACUGUGUAGAAUUCUGGGUAACUCCUUUAGCAGAGGCAAGUGCUCCUCCAUUUGCUCUAAUAGAUACAGAACGGCUUUUAACAAAACGUCCUCCAACGGCUUCUACUUAUUUGUUAUUUAGCAAAAGUCAUUUAGCCAAAAUGCCAGUACUGUAAAGAACAGUGACUUCCUUUCAAUAUAUAUUUUGGAUAUUAUCUUGAAGCCUAAUUAAUUAAAUGGACUUUUUGGCUUGCUAAGUAUAUGACUUGAAUAUUCAGAGAGAUCCCAAAAAUAUGGGUAUAUCCAAAACCUCUCUACUCUUUGAGCAGGAAACUAAUGUAACUAAUUCUUCAUUAGGUAUUUUGGCUUUAUCUUAGGCAAUUAACAGAUGUGUCUUCUAUUCUCUGAGCAUUGAAAUACAAAAUCAUAGGAGGUUAAAAAAGUUGCUUCAAUUCCAGUGAAGUUCAAAGUCUGUGAACUGAGUUGAGUGUUCAAUUAGCUUUUCUUUGUGAGUUCUUGUUAUACCAAUAUAACAGUGGAUCAGACUAAGACUUUGAACUUGUGAAUGGUGAAUCAUUUUCUACCUAAUCCUCUUUGGGAGAACUGAUGCUUGCUGUUCUUUCAAGUCUUGGAUUGUCCCAUUUAAAGAACUAAUGGAUCCAGGGAAAAUAAAGUAUACUGUGGUAUCCUUGUUUGAUCUCAUAUGUGUGAUUUUAGAUUGAUACAUUAGCGCUAAUAAAGGUGAUACAUCCCAUGCCACC